AAUCGCUCAGCCACGUAAGUCAGGGUCGUAUUUUUCUUCCCAGAUUUAUUCUACAAAGUUAUUUCUUCGUUCUGUGAUAAUAUGUGAGAAUGGUAUAACAACGCAGACUUGUGCCUAAAGUUUUUUUGUGUUUAAACAUCGUCCUGCCAGCGGUAAGUCCAAAAAUUGAAAACCAUGGCUCACAUACCAAAUCAAUAUAAUAAUGUUCCUGGACAACAAACUUCAAUGCCUGGGACAUUCCCACAGUAUAAUCAAAUUCCUCCGAACCAAGUUUCCGGGCCCGUAAAACAGGAUGGAAAUUUUAACCCAGCACCAAUCGCAGCAAUGAAUAGUCAAACAAAUCAUUUCAAUCAAAGUACGAAUAGUUCGCCAGCUUUCAAUCAUCCUGGAAUGGUGCCACCCCCACUUACAAGCUUACAGUCAUCGCCUAUGAGACCAAUCAAACCAACAGUGGCACAAAACCCAAUGCAAAAUAUCCAGAACAUUCCACCUAAUUCAGGAAGCCCCUGUGUGUCUAAUCCGUCACCAUUCCCUCCUAAUAUCCAACGGCCCCAAAUAAAUAACAAUGCUCCACCUCUUAUUUCGUCUAGUCAAUAUAAUCAACCUUUUAUGAAUGGACCAACAUCUGGGCCUGUUGGACAUGUAAACAAUUAUCCACCAAACUCUAGCUCAUUUAGUCCCAUUCCACCAACAAAUUUGCCUCCUACAAGCUAUGGUCCAACAUCCUUAAAUUCAACUUUUGGAGGAAAUCAGAGGGUUCCAAUGACAUCUAUGCCACCAGGUUACAGUCAGCCAAAUGUUCCAAUAAGUGGUCCUCCAUUGAAUGGGCCUCCACUUACUGGCCCUAGAAACAGUCCUCUGACAACUGGACCUCCUGGUAACUUACCCAUGUCAAAUGUGCCUAAUUUGUCUGGGCCACUGGUAUCUGGACCUCCUGUAGGUCCACCUAGAAGCAAUGCAAUAAAUGGGCCAACUAUGAUGGGACCACCUACGGCUUCUGUACACGGUCAAAUGGGGCCACCAAAAGGACUACCAAGUGGGCCAUCAUCUUUGCCAGCUGGCCCUCAGCUCAGACAACCUAUGCCUCCAAAUAUAAAUCCACCACAGCAACAACUAAACAAUGGGCCUAUAGAACAGCAAGGUUAUAUUUCAAGCCCACCAAAUAUGCCAGCUGGCUUACAAAGUGGGCCAGUCCAGCCUGCCCCUGGACCUGCAAGUGGAAUUAGUGCACAGAAUACCAAUAUUCAGAGUAGAUAUCCACCAAUGCCAUAUACAAAUUUGAGUCCACAACAACAAAUGCAGGUACAACAGAAUAUAGCAAAACAGUUUCCUACUCAUAAUCUCUAUGGUGUAAAUCAACAAAUGAGUAAUUUGAGUGUUACAAGACAAGGGUUUGACCAGCUGUGGGGACACCAAAUGAUUGACCUUUUGCAGAGUAAGAAUAUUUUACCAGAGUACCCCGAGGAACCCCCAGAAAUAAAACUUGCACAUCAAUUUGCCGAGUCACCCAAUUGUAGUUCAGAGAUCUUCAGGUGUACAGUGAACCGCAUUCCCGAGACAAACUCACUAUUGCAAAAGUCUAGAUUGCCUUUAGGUAUACUGAUACAUCCAUUCAAAGACCUAAAUCAUCUACCAGUGAUUCAGUGUACAACGAUAGUGCGUUGCCGAGCGUGUAGGACCUACAUAAACCCCUUUGUCUACUUCGUCGAUUCGAAACGUUGGAAAUGCAAUCUUUGCUACAGAGUUAACGAUUUACCAGAUGAAUUCCAAUACGAUCCGUUAAGCAAGUCCUACGGCGAUCCGUCCAGACGGCCCGAGAUCAAGUCGGCCACGAUAGAGUUCAUUGCGCCCAGCGAGUACAUGCUCCGCCCGCCGCAGCCAGCCGUCUACCUGUUCCUUCUGGACGUUUCUCAGAUCGCGAGAGAUUCAGGAUAUUUACAGGUCGUGUGUGAAACUCUCAAGGCUAACUUGGAGCAGCUGCCGGGCGACGCGCGCACGCAGAUCGGCUUCAUCUGCUACGACGCCCACGUGCACUACUACCUCAUGAACGAGGGGCUCACCAGGCCCAAGGAGAUGACCGUACUAGAUAUCGAUGAUAUAUUUCUUCCAUCACCGGAAUCCUUGCUAGUGAACUUGGGUGAAUACAAAGAUAUGGUCAAGGAGCUGCUAACUAUAUUACCGCAGCGUUACUCCACUCCCGGCGUCCCGGCGUCCGCGCUCGGCGCAGCCCUGCAGGCCGCCUACAAGCUUAUGGCUCCCACAGGGGGACGUGUUACAGUUUUCCAAACCUGUCUACCUAAUAUUGGUCCAGGAGGAUUACAUUCAAGAGAGGAUCCAAAUGCUCGCUCUUCUAAAGAUGUGGCCCAUCUGAAUCCAGCGACUGAUUUUUACAAAAGGCUCGCUUUGGAUUGUAGUGGGGCACAAGUUGCUGUAGAUCUGUUCCUACUAAGCUCACAAUACUGUGACCUGGCAACACUCAGUGGAAUGAGUAAAUUCAGCGCAGGCACCGUCUACCAUAUCCCACUGUUCCGUGCGCAGCGGCCGUGGCAAGCGGAGCAGUUAACGCAAAUGUUCACGAGGUAUCUCACUAGGAAGAUAGGCUUUGAAGCCGUUAUGCGGGUUAGGUGUACUAGGGGUAUAACGAUUCACACGUUCCACGGCAACUUCUUCGUGCGGUCGACGGACCUGCUGUCGCUCCCCAACGUGUCUCCUGACGCGGGCUUCGGCAUGCAGCUCACGAUAGAGGAGUCGUUAUCGGAUCUGCAGCAAGUCUGCUUCCAGGCUGCUCUACUUUAUACUAGUAGUAAAGGCGAACGAAGGAUACGUGUCCAUACAUUAGCUUUACCGAUAGGAAACACCUUGCCAGAUAUUUUACACUCAGCGGACCAACAAUGUAUAAUAGGAUUACUCAGUAAAAUGGCCGUCGACCGCUGCGUGUCGGCGUCCAUGUCGGAGGCGAAGGAGGCGCUCAUCAACGCGGCCGUGGACAUGCUGAGCGCGCACCGCCUGGCGCAGAACCUGCCCGCCGGCGCCGCCAGCGCCGCGCUGCACGCGCCGCACCCGCUGCGCCUGCUGCCGCUCUACAUCCUGGCGCUGCUCAAGCGGAAAGCGUUCCGCACGGGCACGUCGACGCGGCUGGACGAGCGCGUGGCCGACAUGUGCGUCAUGAAGUGCGCGCCGCUGGCCGCGCUGCUGCGCGCCGUGCACCCCGACCUGUACGCGCUGCACGUGCGGCCCGAGCCCGACGCGCCGCUGCCGCCGCGCCUGCAGCUGUCCGCCGAGAGGAUAAGUUUACAUGGGGCGUAUCUCUUGGACGACGGUGAAACGAUGAUAAUAUACGUGUGUCACGGCGUCAGUCCCGCCUUCCUGUCGGAAACCUUCGGGGUGGCCGCCUUCAGUCAGCUACCGGACGAAGCUAGAAGUUUACCCAAAAUAGAAAGCGAAGGAAACGAACAGCUACACGCGCUUAUAGAAAAACUAAACGACGACCGACCUUAUCCAGCUAGUAUACUUAUUCUUAGGGAUAAUUCACCGUCACGCCAGCUAUUCACAGAGCGUCUCAUCGAAGACCGAGUGGAGUCCGCAUUCUCUUAUUACGAAUUCUUACAGCAUAUUAAGACACAAGUGAAAUGAGUGAGUAAGUGUGUGACUUGAGCCUUGGACGUUGCUCGAGUUGCCAGAGGUUAAUGUGACACUGCCCUAACUUGUUAACAAUUUCGGUAUUCCGUUUCGAUAUGUUUCAGACAUUGGAUAAGGGGUACGGAUCUUUAAUUUAAGUUGUCGCGCGUUUCCCUUUUUGUUUUAAAUUUAUUUAAUAAUAUAUACUCGUUACAGGCUCGAUCGAUACAAUUCUGUAUUGAAGCGAUUUAUCACUCAUUAAAAAAAAUGGUAUUUAUUGUGCACUAAUUCGAAAAUGAUGGCGCAAAUAAUUUGUAAGAUAUUGCCAAAAAAUUAAGCUUAUUGAACGACAACUAAGUAAUUUGUUUGCUGAAACGUUCCUUUUUCUCUACAGAAAUAAAUUGUAAAAAUUUGGAAAUUAUUAUAAAUACAUGUCGUAGGAAAUGAUUCGCUUUGGGUGUGAGAUUUAGAUCAACGCAAUAUGUGACUUCAGUUUAUUAUGGGAAUAAAAACAUUUUUAAAAAAAGCUUUUAUUUUCACUGUUAAAUCAAUCCAUGUUAUCAAGAAAGCUGUGAAUAUGAUAUAUGAAAUAAAUUUUAAACGGACAAUAUUUUAACAGUAGCCAUAUAGUGAAAAUAUUAUAACUGUGCCAUUCCGAAAUCAGCCUUAAAAAUUAUCUAUGGGCAGACCUUUAACAAUAAUUAGGAAAUAAAUAAAGUUUAUUGUUUUUUAAUAGUUAUUUGUUAUGGGACGUCUUUUUUUUCGCCUAAUUGCCUUUAUCUGUGGCUUUACAUUGCAAUAUCAAUUAUGCUGUUAUUUAGGUCUAAAAGAAUAUCGCCUACACGACACUUGCUGCAACUUCAGGGAGGCAUAGUUAUAAUAUUUCCAACGAACCAAGCAGUAGCAAUAAAAUGUAAUUAAUGAAUUUAUAUUUCUAGUUACAUAGUUACAAUUUCUUUCGUCACGUUAUAAAUGAUAUUUAAUAAUUAUUUCAUUAGUUUUUUUUUUUGUUGUUGAUAAUAGUAAUUUUGCAUCUUGGUGUGUGUGUAAAUUAAAUCGAUAUUUUAUACAAUGGUAAUUUUUUUGCUUAAUGUCAAAAUGGAAAUGGCUUCAAACAACCAGUGAUACCAUAUUAGAAAAUGUAUCUAAAUUUUGAUUUAAUUUUUCAUCACCGUCAGUUUGAAACUUAUAUAUAGAUGAGAAUACAGUAAAUAUAUUUUGUAAUUACGAAUGAAAUUAUAUUAAUUACAAUUGAUUUCUAUAAUCUUCAUGACGAUCUAUGAUGAUCUAUUUUACACGGUAUAGUAUUAUUAGGUAGAUAAUAAUAAUAAAAAAAAUUAUACCGAGAAUUCGGGCGGAAUGUCGAUUUUCGUUUUUAACGGUCGUGUCUUAUUUUUUUACUCGUUAAAAUUACAUUUCUUAGUUUGGUAAUAUUUGUAUAGAACAUUUUUUUUAAGUAUGUUUACGGCUGUAUCACGAAUAUUUCUUUAAUGCAAUAAAAUAUUCUCUAUUGUAAUAUUGGUAAGUAUAUUAUGUUGCUGUUAUAUGUAAUUUUAUAGUUAUUUAUGUGUAUUCGAUAUACUAUUGUAAAUUGAAUAACAUUAAUAUAAACGAGUUGGCUCCUCAACGAUUGGUCAUAUGUUUUUUAUAAUAAUUUUCAACGUAUCGCAUAUCAAUUUUUUUUUUUAAUAAGUGACCAAUAUCAGGUCGUUUGUUUGCUAAAAUAUUUCCGUUGCAUUUACGAAAUUUUUCCCAAACCACGAAGGAGCAAUAUACAUGGAGCCAAAAUUUAUAUCUUUUAGCAAUAUUUUAAGCCGACUUGAAGUUGAAUUUUUUUUAACGUUCUUCUAUAUAUCGUUUCAGCUAAACGUUACUUUACGUGUAUUAGAUAAUGUUGUCAUAUGUAAUUACACGUGCUGUCCGCUUUCUAUUUUAUAUUUUCACGUUCUUGGAAUUAUAAUAAGAUAUGAAUGAAAUGAAAUUGGCUGGAGUUAUGAUAAAAUUAGUAGCUCAAUUUGCCGUUACAAGAUUUCAUGCGAUAUUAUUUUUUCUCUAAGACAUACAGAGAGAAAUGUACACAAGGACAAGUCACUUGUUUUAUAAAGAGUAGGCGGACGGGCAAAUGGUCCUGAUGGUAAAUGGUGACCAUCGGUAAAUGUCACUGAUCAUGACCAUUUGUCACUGUAAGAAAUAUUAACCAUACCUUACAUCGCGCAUCCAAUGCGUCACCAACGUUAGUGGCAAAUAUGUUAUGUUACCUGUUCCUGUAUCUGAACUGGCUAGAUUUGUUACAAACCGGAAAACGUAAACAAAAGUAUUGCUGUUUGGCGGUAGAAUAAUAAAUAUGAGUUAAUCUAAACCGAUACGACUCCCGCGCCAACUAUUGUUCAGUAGUAAAAAAAAAUAACAGCUUGUACAUCUUUAUUUAUAAUAAACCACUAUUCCACACAAUAUCCACUUUAAUUUUUCUCCAAUGUUCCGAUAACAACGCCAUUUUUUCACGUUUUCUUUGUGUCAGAUUAUUUAGAUGUCAACGCGUUCUCAUGUCCAUUAAUUUACUUAUCUUUACUUAGACCAUGGGAAUCAACUAUAUAAGGAUUUACGAGAUCAAGUAAAUAAUACGAAUUACGCACUUUUUUAUUAAAUAGUGACUUGUUCUGUUCAUUUUAAAACUGUAUCGAAUAAUUAUUUCCAAAGAAAUUUACGAUUGUCAUUGGGUAUGUUAAUAUUGUAUAUUUAAAACUUAUUUCUACUAUAUUUUUCUUUGAUUUUUCUAAACAUUUUUGUUCCACUGAACUAUUUCAAAAUUAACCUCGUUGAAAAUGAAUUAGAUAUUUGUAUAAAUAACGUUUGUUCCGAAAGGACCAUCAACAAUGUAAAUAAAAAUGAAAUUCUAUGAUCAUUAUUAUACAAUAUUCAAAAAGUUUUAAAAUGUAUACAUCACAGUAUAUUUGCUGGCUGAAUGUAAAUUUGCUAUGAGAGUAAAGGAUCCGAUAGACUUGCGCGACCAAGCGAACUUGGAAAUUGACGGAAGUUCUCACACAUGUGACCCCUUCCGCUUCGUUUGAUCGCGCAGGUGUUGUCGAUCUAUGGUUUUGUAAUAAGAUUGGUUAACUGUUGUCUGUUCGUGUUCGAUGUAUGAUUUUAAAUAUAAAAUAAAUGUAUUUAAUUUAUUGUUAGCGGACUGAACUCGGGAGCCUUGUAACUUGUUUCAAUAUAACAAAUCGAAAAUCA